CAAGAAGACAAUGAUGGAACCUUUCCCGGAGGGCAUUGAGGCAGAGGAGAUGCAAGGAUGACAGGAAAAUGUUUGAUCAACAGAUUUUAAAAUAUGUCAUGAUUUGAUUAUUAUUGUACUUCCGCAUUACUCUAAAAAUAUUUUUUAAAUGGGUCGCGAUCCAGAGUCUGUAAAUUUAAUAUUUACAAGUAAUUGUCAUUUUCAAAUGUCAAGCGAAAUUUUUAUUUAACUCUCGUUUCACCUUAAUUCGUAUAAUUCCAGUAUUACACAACCAGAUGUCGUGACGACGUCAUAUCUGAGUAGAUAGACCAAACACAUAUAGCCAACGCCGAACCAGAAACGACAGUACUCUGCACUGAUGGCUGGCCUGAAUUGCUACCUUUCGGCCACCGCCACAGCCACAUCCAUAUCUCAACGCUCAUCUUCAUCCGACCAACCGCCGGAGAAAAAGCCGCCCAAAUUGAAACUGCCGAGGAAUAACCCGGAGAAACUGUCCGCCGGGUUGUCGCCGGCGGAGUACGGCGCCGCAACACCCACCACCAAUCCCCGAAAUUACUGGCUCCUCGAUGAUGACCCUCUCACCUCUGAUGAUUAUAUAUGGAACAGAAAUUUCGCGGGCCGCAUGAAGAUGUUGAUCCAAGAUCCUGCUGAAUAUGGAUCCGGUUUUCCUUCCAACCCUUCAAAGGAAGAGACAACGCAUGGAUUUCUAAGCAUAAACCGCGUAUUGAACCUUGACAACUUGGAAGUGGACUUGAGCAAGGAACUGGCGUCGCCUUCAAAACCUUUCCGAGCAGAAAAAGCUGAGGAAAUUGAAACCGACAAGAACACGUAUCAAACAUGGAGACAAAAACCAUCACCACGUGAGCAAGAGAAGUGGAACAGUGCUACUAGGGCAGCAACCAGUGGCGGUGAUUUGAUGCUCAGAGAACUGAGACAUCCCAAUGGGGACCCUAAAAUAUUGGCAGCUCAGUCUAUGAAAGAAUACAUAAAGUUGAAAAACAAACUGCAGCUGCUCACCUUAGGCAUUGGUGGUUUCGGUGUCAUCUCAGCAUAUGUUUCAUAUUCUCCCGAAGUUGCAGCAAGCUAUGGCGUCGGCUUGCUUGGGUCAUUGGCAUAUUUGCGCAUGCUUGGGAACAGUGUGGAUUCCAUACAAACACAAGGAGCCUCGGGGCUCGUAAAAGGAGCUGUAGGGCAGCCAAGACUAUUGAUUCCUGUUGUUUUGGUUAUGAUCUAUAACCGGUGGAACGGGAUUGUGGUCCCCGAAUACGGACUGAUGCACCUUGAGUUGAUCCCAAUGUUGCUUGGAUUUUUCACCUACAAGAUUUCCGCUUUCAUCCAAGCCAUUGAAGAUGUAUUGUAGGGGUGGGAUGAGGUGCGAGAAUCGCAGCUGUCGCACUUAGUCCUUGUUUGGUUUGGAAGGUUGUGGGGAGGAGGGAAAGGAAAGAGCCAAGUAGUUCUCAUUGAGUCAUUUUAGACUUUUGUUUUGUUUUCCUUUUGGGUUGCUUUGUUUGAUGAGCCUCACAAUCAAAGAUCCAAACAUGGCACAGCUGAAUAUAUGUAUCUUACAAGUGCACAACUGGUUAGUGAAUGCUUAGGAAUUCAUACAAUGCUUGUUAUUGUUUAAAAUUAAUGUAAAUUACUUCCCUCUCCUUACAAAAAAAAACUCGGUUCUAAUUU